AUGACCGAAAGCUAUAAGUACCCUUCUUUUUCUCUCCGCUUUCAUCUCUCCAGCCUCGCUUUCUCACUCCAACCUCGCUUUGUCACGUGCAAGAUGCGUACCAAGUAUGACCCAACGUUGAAAUAUACGGCCAAUAUUGUGGAUUUCGGGGAGCAUAGCAACAAUGAAAUCCAGCGGGCAGUUCUGCCACGAACAGAAUCUGGUUACAGAAACACGUUACUUAUUUUCGAUAAAUUUGUCAAAUUACAUCCACAAGCCGUCAUUCCGCCGGACAUCAGAACAUGCAGGGCUUUUUUUGAGUGGGUUGCAAAAGAAAUGGACGGUCGGAUCGAAGAAAGGCCUACGGUCGAGACGAUUCAGGGAUUUUUCAGGCAAUUUACCACGGGGAUGAAGAGAGAAAGAAACUUCGAAUUCCCACCAGCCACUAGGACUACAAUCAAUGAGUAUAUCGUGAGAGAACUAAGGACCAAGAUCCCUCUCUCAACUAAGCAAAUGAAUAAAGAUGGUGGUGUAUCCCCAAAUGAUUUGACCAUCUUGAUGACUCAAUUAUGGUGUCGAGACCACCAUGAGUAUCGUGGAAACCCUGCCGAUCGUGCCAGAGUUCAGCUGAGUGCCGCAAUGCUCCUGUAUUGCUUUACCUCUGCACGCACAGGGGAGGUUCACGAAUCAACUGCUCGGAGACACGGAGCCCGGGAGAUCGGGGAGGACAGCGAGGAUGUUAUAUUGGAGGCCCGCGUGAUGGCUGCCUGCUAUAAGCAUUUCGAACUGACUAUCGAGAGUGUGGAUGGUAUAACAAUGCUUGUCCUCACCUACGAGCGCGAAUUUGUCAAAGGAUAUUGGCGAAAGACAAAAUGGGAAAUUCCUAAGCACGCAUUCUACGAAGUAUACGCUGAGGAAGUGCCUAUAUUUCUAAACAUUUUGACAUUCUUUUUACCAAUGGCCACCGCAGAUAAAGCUUUCAGAGAUUACGGCUCAGUGAGCGAGAUCCUAGAUGCUGUCGACAUGCAUGAGAAAGUCGGUCCUUCAGAGAAUAAGAUCCUUGAGGUGAUUCAUGUCCGGCAAGAUAUGAGAGAUCUGCCGGUUUUUCGCCAAUAUCUUGAGCAUAAUGUGGACAAUUUCAAAGGCCAUGCCAGGGGAGCGGAUUCCUUCGGUAAGGCCUUGGUCAAUCUAGGCCAUAGAAGUGGCUACACGCUGAAUAUUACUGUUCGGGCGUGUCGAAGAUGGGCUUUACAGCAAGCAGACAAGACAUAUUCCGAGUCUGCAAGAAUGAAGUUCGCUGGGCAAACUAACCGGAACACAUACGGAAAGUCAUACGCGCAUCCUCUUAGUGAGGUUGAUGGGCCAGCAAACUACCUCGGAAUUGCCAGCCGACAAGAACAUAUCCAGAAUCGUCGGGGAAUGGGUCUUUACCGCAAUUCCUAUUUAUCGCAGCUCCUUCCUGCGAAAGCUGAGUAUGAAUUUCUUGCCCGAGAAGAUGUUUAUGGUCUUGACCAAAGCAUGGCAAAUUUGAGUUUGCUGCUCUCAGACGCCACGCCGGAAGAAAAACACAAAAUCCAACUCAAACAAAAGGCCGUCUAUAGGGAGAAACGGAGCCUUUAUAAUGAAGAGCUCCGAAAGGUCCAGGCACUAUCAGGGAGACAGCAUGGAAGUAUUUACACUGAAACCAUGUUCCACUAUAGGAGAAAGGUAAUGCCUCACAGAGACCUUUUGGCUAGCACAUUGCCUUGUAAUCUCAGCCUCCGGAGUUUAGGUGGAAGAAGAACAAUGCAGGCGUUAGAGUCCCUCUGCAGCGAGACAGAUACGGUUUCAUAUCGCGAUAGCCUCAGCCCCCUAGGCCAGGCCUGUCUCUGUGGAAGGUCAAUUGAAGAAAAAUGGUUACAUCUCUACCGUUGCUACUCAGGGCAUUACAGAACCACGCACGGAUUUGCGGAAAUGUGCUUUGAAUGCGACCUAUGGUUUACCAAUAAAUCAGAAUGGGAGGACCAUUGCCAGGAGCAUCUUGAUAAUCCCGGCGAUUUGCUCCGAUGUGAUCCUAUGACCUUUCGGAACGCACCUAUAAAGCCAGGGCUAUGUCCAUUUUGCUUAGGUGCCAAGGGAGAAAAACCGUCAAAGAGAAUGUUGCAAUUCGUCCUCUCACCACCAAAAUGGCACUCCCAUAUUGAAGAUCACUUGAAAGAACUUAAACUUGAUUUAGACUGCAAGCAUCCAGCCUGCUCUACAAGCUUUAAAAGCCUGGAGGAGCUUACCUACCAUCUCGUUGACACGCAUUGUUGGCGCCCUAGGCGGCAAUCGCCCAAGAAACGAAAGUGGGCAGACUAA